ACAAGGCACAGGAGACCACUAUAAUAUUGCUUUCCUGCAUGGAAACACGUCUAUAAGCACACUGUAACACCUCGUUACUUCCCUUCAAUUCGUUUUUGAAAAGUCCAUGAUCCAUCUCGAAACUUGAGUGUGAAACUCGGGAAACAUGCAGCGUCGCAUGCUCACGAAGGAGGAGGAAGCCGCGUCAGGAGAUGUGGAAGUCCGGAAAGAGGAUCAAGAUAAGAUUAAUGGGUUCAGCCGAUUGCAUCAGAGGGAGCAAGCCCUUAUGGAGGAAUUGAAGACGAAACAAAAAGAUAAGGAGGACCUCGAGGAAGUGACCAACGAGCUCGAGCUCGCCGACGAGGACGACAAGUUCCCGUAUAAAAUCGGAGAUACCUUUGUGUCUCUCCCCCUGAUCGAAGUUCAAGAACUACUCGCUUCAUCCGUCAAACGGAUCGACAAGAACGUUUCCGAUGCUGAAAACCAGCUCAGUGAAAUCCGUGACGAGAUGCAGGAGCUAAAAGUUGCGCUCUAUGCGCGGUUUGGAAGAAAUAUCAACUUGGAAACAUAAUCCAAGCAUGACUCGAGGAUGGGGGAUCUUGAUACGAAACACGAGUCAUGCUCGCGCAGCAAGUAUUUCACCUGGAGACAUCGGACAUCGCUACAACAUGUUUCGGUAUCGAUAUCCAACAAGUUUGGCCAAAAUCAUGGUCCCUCUUCAUACCGUUCGCCAUUGUCUAGGAUCAAUUUCGUCACUUCACAUCGCGAUGAUGAUAGAUGACUAAAGUCAGCAACGAAGAAUGUGGAGGAGGUUCAUUGGACUGGGAGCAUAGGUUGCCGUUAUAACCGAGAAAA